AUGAUCCUGGCGGUUAGGCCGGCGUUUAUUGCAGGCACCGCGUACACCGCCAUUUUCGGGAACCUCAUAAGCUUCAACACGGUGCCCGCGCGCAACGCCGUCCUGGUCAACCUCGGCUGCGACGACGACCAGUGUGCCGUGAGCUGGUGGAGCUGGGCGGCCGUAGCUCUGCCCGUGGCCCUCGCGUGCUGCCUCAUCUGCUGGCUUUACGUCUGCUGUGCCAGCCUGGUCAGCUCCGACGAUGAAAUCGAGGAGCAGACGCACGCGGACAUGUCCAACUGCGCUGGUGUGCGCCUGCGCACCAUGAAAAGACGCACGGUGCGAGAGACCCUGCUCAUCUACUGGCUGAUCGGAGUACCAGUCACGUACGGGGCUUACGUCAUCCGACAUCCUGAAAGCUACUUGGAGGGGCCCCUGUUCGGGCUGUCCGUGGUCGGGAUGAGCAUGGUGCCGGGACUGACGUGCAGGCACUACUGGUCGCACCGCAUGUUCUGCUGGAGCACCAUCUGCUCUCGCAUGCCCUGGAACGUCAUCAUCAUGUUCGGCUGCGUCAUGGCUCUCACCAAGGUCGUAGAGGUAUAUGGGCAACCAGUGCUGAAGCUUCGCGUGCCCACAGCAACGCCGUAAAACGAUAGAUAGCGAGCGGUG